CAUGUGAGCCUUCAAGAUGGCGGCGUUGGGGCGAAAGGUGGUAUCUGACCCGAGAGAUUCAAGUACGGUCCCAGGCGGAGCUGGGGAAGCGCCCAAGGAUCUCAUGAUGGCAGCAUACACACAGAGUCAGUCGGAUCUUUAUCUCGAUGGUGGAAAACUCAGAAGAUCAAUGAUUUUUGAAAUCAUAGAAAAGAAGUUGGAAUAUCUUAAAAAUGACAAGACUUUAAAUAUAAAAAGAACAGUGUUCUUUGGAGCUACAGCUAGUUUGUCUGGGAUAUUGGCAAACUUUGUUUUCAGAAGUAGUUUCAAGGUUCAACAUGAUGCUUUGAAGACAUAUGCAUCAUUGGUCUCACUUCCAUUUUUGUCUACUGUGAUUGCUAACAAGUUCCUUGUAACUGACGCUUUAUAUUCAGGUAAUAUAAGCAGGGAAAAUUGUAUUCUAAGAAGUUCACUUGUUGCCAUACUGUGUGGUGUUUUAUAUCCCAGUGGUUUGGCUUUUUCUAAAAGUGGGCGUCUGGCAGUCAAGUAUCAUACUGUUCCAUUGCCACCAAAAGGAAGGGUUUUACUUCACUGGAUGUUGCUUUGUCAAACACAUAUAAAAGUAAUGGCAGUACCACUAGUCUUUCAAACAUGCUUUGGAAUUGUUCAUGGUCUGUAUAGUUAUGCAUUAUUUCAAAGUAUACAUGAGGAAACUGUAAAUAAAGACUAAUCAAAGAAUAAAAGAAUACUACAUCAGUAGAA